AGUGACCGGGCAGGUGAUGCUUGCUCACGUAAGGCGCAGGCGUGCGAUGAGGGGCGCAGGGGACGCGGCUGGAGGAUGCGCGUUACUGUUGCACCGCCUCACCGGAUAACCGCUAUCUCAUCCCGUCUGGUCUUCCCCCGUUUCCUCUCUUACGACUAACGGAUUUACCAGACACAUACUUUUUUUUUUCUUUUUUUUUUUUUUUUUUGGGGACACCACAAGUGGAUGAAUCGGGCCUGCAGCAGCUCGGCGUGGAUUGUUUAUUAUCCUUUACCGUGAUUCUCUAAUUGAGCGCAUUUUUUUUUUUUUUUGGCUAAUGCGCUCACCCAUGCCAUGCUAGCCUAUUAGCUGGAGAGGAGAAUUUACGAGUCUUGUUUGGCCUUUGAGGGAAGAAGACGAGGGGGAGGGUGCUGGGUGAAGGAGAAUGCAGCAGUCACAUUUUUUAAGCAUGCAGAAGAAGCGGGCCGUUUCCGGUUCCUAGGCUGCUGUGUGUGCGUAAGCAGCGCGUCCCUGUGUGUGCCCCCCAUCCGAGGCCAGCAGCCGUAUGGGGAAAGCAUCGGCACACACAGAUGGCAUGGACACUUCCACAAGGUCUGCCGCUCUGCCCUGCCUCCUCCGCCGGAGCCCGUUCGCCGCCGCCGCCGCCUCUCUCUUGCAGCUCCCUCCGCCGCCCAGCAGCACUGCAGCACAGCCCAGGCUGACGGUAUGAGGCUUGAUCCAGUGCAUUUCUCCAUGCUGGUCAUCGGGGUCUCGUUCGCCUGCUACGCCCCGAGUCUCAACUCCCUCCAGGACCAGGCGUACCGAUCAGCCGUGGUCAUCGAGGGCGAGGUGCGCUCCUCCCCGGAGAACGUCUCCUCCCGGGAGCCGUACCGGGUGAAUGUCAAAGUGCUGGACGUGUGGCCCGUCAACAGCGGCGGCCUCGAAAGGGAGCAGCUCGUCACCGUCGGGGACUUCGGGUCCGAGGCCUCAUGCACCACGGUGGAGAAGGACCACAGAUAUAUCUUUUUCAUGGACCCCACCGGGGAGCCCUACGUCUUCAAGGCGUCGUACGCCCCCGUGGACGCCAGCGAGCCGGAGCCCAAGAAGGACGUGGAGAAAGUCUUGUGCGAGGACUGCGCCUCUGCUCCUCGGCUGCGAUUGAUGCGGGGCCAGUCUCUGGUGGAAGGAGACAAGCUGUCCUUGAAGUGUGAGGCAUCAGGGAAUCUGAGCCCCUCCUUCCGCUGGUACAAGGAUGGACAUGAGCUUCAGGGGGGAAAAGACCUCAGAAUAAAAACCAACAAAAAAAACUCCAAGGUGCUGAUCAGUCGAGUGCGUGUGGAAGACUCUGGAAACUACACUUGUGUGGCUGAAAACUCAGUCGGACAGGAAAACGUCACAAGUAUUAUCAGCGUGCAGAUCUUAACCACCACCACCUUGUCUCUGGGUGUGAGUCAUGUGAGGCACUGCAACGACACGGAAAAGGCCUACUGCAUCAACGGUGGAGACUGUUACUUCAUACAUGGUAUAAACCAGCUUUCUUGCAAGUGUCCCAAUGACUAUACGGGGGACCGCUGUGAAAACUCCGUCAUGGCCGGUUUCUACAAGCUUCUCAGAAUUGAAUUUAUGGAGGCAGAGGAGCUCUACCAAAGGCGGGUGCUGACGAUCACGGGCAUCUGCGUGGCCUUGUUGGUGGUUGGCAUCGUUUGUGUGGUGGCCUACUGCAAAACCAAGAAGCACAGGAAGAAGAUGCAACAUCACCUACAUCAGAACCAGAAUCAGUGUGUGGAGCAGCCCAACCGCAUGCUGGCCAACGGCCCCAACCACCCUGGGCCUGGUCCCGAAGAAAUUCCCAUGGUUGAUUACAUCUCCAAGAGUGUCCCUACCACAGAGUGUGUCAUCAGCCAUGGAGCUGAAGGUGCCGGCAACUACGCAGGCAGCCGAAUGUCUACUCGCUCGCAUCACUCUACCACUGCCUCGCAUGCAUCAAGACAUGAGGAGCAGACGUGGAGCAUGGAGAGAACAGACAGUAUGAAUUCUGACUGCCAGUCAGGUGGGCUGUCCAGCUCUGUUGGAACCAGUAAAUGCAGCAGUCCAGCUUGUAUGGCAAGGAGGGCGGCCCACUGGGGCUGUACAGAGAUAUCCAGUCCAGGCAUGCAGUACGGGGAUUCCUACGACUCACUAAGAGAUUCACCUCACAGUGACAGGUAUGUGUCAGCACUGACCACACCCGCGCGUUUGUCUCCGGUGGAGUUCCACUACCCUCCGCUGCCACCCCAGGUUCCCACCUUCCACAUCACCUCACCCAACACAUGCCAUGCCCUCUCAUUACCGCCUGCCGCCGCAGCCUACCACAGAGAUGAUGACCAGCCGCUGCUACGAUGCCCUGAUGAUCGGAACUUGUACAGGCAGCCUCGGCGACCGCGGCGGCCAUACCUGACAGAGAGCACAGGAAGUCUCCCAUCCAGCCCCUACCGCCUCGCUGACGAAGAGGCCUACGAGACCACCCAGGAGUACGCCUCCUCAAGGGAACCAAUCCGGAGUCGACGCCGCCCGCGGCGCAACCGCGUCAACGGACACGUCUCUCAGAGGUCAGCGGGCCUACGGGACUACAGGUCAAACAGUUUUAGCCAGUCGGAGGAGGAAGAGGAAGAAGAGGAGGAAGAGGACGCUCAAGGGGAGAGCACGCCUUUCCUCAGUAUGCAGAACAUGAACAUGGACCUGCCCUUAAGCGUGCCGGGUUACCAUUCAUCGUCAGGGGCUGACACGCGGACUCAUCGCGGACUCAGUCGGCCGGGGACUCGAAGCAACGGGCAGAGUCGAAACUCUCAGUCGCAGCGCUUCAAGUCCGACCACAUGCCCCUUUGAGACUGGCCUCCCCUGUGCCCCAUCACACCCACCCAUGCAGCCGCCCCACCCCACACACACACACACACCAUACACACACACAUACAGACACACACACUACUCCACCUCGCACACGCCUCUUCCUUCUUCUGGACUAGAGACCUGCACCAAGGAGAAAUAUUUUUAUUUUGUAUAACAGACAGAUAUUCUAAACAAAUGAAAUAUUUAUUUUCAUUUCAGCAAAAAUUGUCUACUAGCUAACAGCAAAGACUUUUUUAUAACGGGGGUGGGGAAAUAUUUAUAUGUAAAGGUUUUUUGAUUUACAGCAGUACGAGAGAUGAAAAAAUAUGUGCCAAUUUUUUCACAAGUUAGAUAAAUAGAAUAAUAUUGUGGUGCCUUUUGCUGUAUGCUGAAGUCGGAGGUCCCAUUGAGUUUUGUAGCCUUUCUUAUAAAGACUUCUCAUUUUUAUAGAGACCGAUCCUUUUCCUUACUUUUGCUUUGGUUUUUUUCCUGAUUUGGGAUCCUCCUCUUUUUGAACUGUGAUCUGAUUAUGUCAUCAUGCAAUAUUGAGUCCUUCUGUGUAAAA